AUGUCCUACACGCAGUUCGGAUACCCCUACUCCUCGGCCCCACAGUUCCUGAUGGCCGCCAACUCCCUGAGCGCGUGCUGCGAGUCGGGCGGCCGGACGCUGGCCGAGCCCGGGCCCGCCGCCUCGGCCCAGGCGCCUGUCUACUGCCCGGUCUACGAGAGCCGGCUGCUGGCCACCGCGCGCCACGAGCUGAACUCGGCCGCAGCGCUCGGCGUCUACGGAGGCCCCUACGGGGGCUCGCAGGGCUACGGCAACUACGUAACCUACGGCUCCGACGCGUCUGCCUUCUACUCGCUGAACGGCUUCGACUCCAAGGACGGGACGGGGUCUGCGCAUGCGGGGCUCGCGCCCGCCGCCGCCGCCGCCGCCGCCUACUACCCGUACGAGCCGGCCCUGGGCCAGUACCCGUACGACAGGUACGGGACCGUGGACAGCGGCACGCGGCGCAAGAACGCCACGCGGGAGACCACCAGCACGCUCAAGGCCUGGCUGCAGGAGCACCGCAAGAACCCCUACCCCACCAAGGGCGAGAAGAUCAUGCUGGCCAUCAUCACCAAGAUGACCCUCACGCAGGUCUCCACCUGGUUCGCCAACGCGCGCCGGCGCCUCAAGAAGGAGAACAAGAUGACGUGGCCGCCGCGGAACAAGUGCGCCGACGAGAAGCGGCCCUUCGCGGAGGGCGAGGAGGAGGAGGGCGGCGAGGACGCCGUGCGGGAGGAGGCCCCUAAGGGCGCCAAGAGCGGAGACCCGGUCGGCAAAGAGGAAAAGGAGCUGCAACUUAGUGACCUGGACGACUUCGAUCCCCUGGAGGCGGAGACCCCGGAGUGCGAGCUGAAAGCGCCCUUCCAGCCCCUGGACGGCGGCCUGGAGCGCGUCCCCGCGGCGCCCGACGGUGCCGGCGCCCCGACCAAGGAGGUCUCCGGCGCCCUCUCCAUGCCCUUGGCGGCCGGUGGUGCAGCCGCCCUGGACGAGGACCUAGAGAGGGCCCGGAGCUGCCUCCGGAGCGCAGUGGCCGGACCAGAGCCGUCGCCUGGCGCGGAGGGCGGCCCGCAGGCGUGCGAGGCCAAGUUGGGCUUCGCGCCAGCCGCAGCGCCGGCGGGCCUCGAGGCUAAGCCGCGCAUCUGGUCCCUGGCGCAAACGGCCACGGCGGCCGCCACCACCCUGAGCCAGACUGAGUUUCCGUCGUGCAUGCUCAAGCGCCAAGGCCCCGCUGUGCCCGCAGCCGCGUCGUCGGUGCCUGCGGCGUCCCCCUCCGGCGCCCUGGACAGGCACCAGGACUCCCCCGUGACCAGUCUCAGAAACUGGGUGGACGGGGUGUUCCACGACCCCAUCCUUAGGCACAGCACUUUGAACCAGGCCUGGGCCACCGCCAAGGGCGCCCUCCUGGACCCGGGGCCGCUGGGACGCUCGCUGGGGGCGGGCGCCAACGUGCUGACGGCGCGCGCCUUCCCUCCCGCCGCGCCCCCCGACGCCCCGGAGUUGCUGGCGGUGCCCAAGGCCGGCGGCAAGCCCUUCUGCGCCUAA